AUGGUACAAAAAGACUGUUCCGAUAUCAUUAACCAGAUUAAGCGACGGCGGUACGUGUCUCUGUUUGUACGUGAGGCCAAGUGUCCGGAAUAUUAUACAUUGGGAAAAAGGACGGCGUCCGGCCAAACGUCUAAGAUAAAUAAACGCCGACGGCCGUCCGCAGCCAUGAUUUUUCCGCCCCUGCUGACGCCAGUGUUGAUUUACGACAAGUUGGCCGAUCGCCAAACAUGGAAUACAUGGUGUUCUCUUUUCCUUGACCCCUAUUUUUGAGAUUCAGCUUGUUUUUUUAUAUUUUUUUCGAUCCGUCCAAAUUUAUUAGAAAAAAAUAAUAGAAUUGUAGGAUAUCUUAGAGUGUGCCAAAUGGAGAAUUUACUAAUCUUAUUAGUUAGCUGUCUUUAUAAGUUCUCGAAAAAUCUCAUCUGAGAAUUUCUUUGAAUGAAUUUACGCGAAUUUCUGGUCGCAUUUUGAAUGGCUGUAUGCGUAGCGGUCGCGCUGCGGCCUGAAACUUAAAAACAAUUUCAUGCCCGCGAGCGUAAGUCAUGUUCGGUCGGAUGCACUAAGCGCUGUGAACCGUUCCCUGUAUAAAAACUUGGAUAAUCUCAAAAGUCUGAUAAAGACUUUCAGAAAAAAAAAAACCUUGGAAUAAGGAAUUUUCGGUGAAGGACUUAACAAAGGGCUUUUUUUUUCGAAUUGUUGGAGCCUUUUUUUUAAAUACCUUCUAACACGAACUCUCUUUAUCAUUUUAAAAGCUAUUUUUACACCUCUAGGCUCCAUUUAUGGUCGCAUUUUGAAUGGCUGUACGCGUAGCGGUCGCGCUGCGGCCUGAAAUUUCAAAACAGUUUAACGCCGGCUAGCGUAAGUCCUGCUCGGUCGGAUGCAAAAAAAAAAAUUUGACUUUUUUCCAAAUUUUCGGAGCUUUACCUUCUAACUCAGUCCGAUAAGUAGGAAAUUUAAAAUUUUACAUUUUUAUAGGAUCUUUUUAAAUUUUAUAGGAUCUUUUUGAGGCUCGCCAUCCUUUCCAUUUUUUAUAACUUAUCCGUUUCAUUCGAACCCACGUCUUCAUUAUUAGAAUUUAAUAGGUUUUUUACUAGUUGAGAAUGGUGCCGAAUAGACGUUCAAACCCACUUUUUUGCGUGUGCGAGAGUGAGAUGACCAAUGGGUACAGGUCAAUUGGGCCGCGGUUUCAUGCUUGAAUGGAUAUUCAAGAGUUUUGUGCUCUUUGUUCUGCACUAUUCUGUUUUUUCAAAGGGAAAUCAAAAGAAAAUGUCAAUUUUUGAUAAUUCUCAUACUGUAAGAGCUGCUAGUGUAUACACGUGUAUGUGCACAAGAACAUUUUCUCACGCCAGUUUUUGUUGUUGUUAAAAUUCAGGUUUUAAUGAAUCUUUUUUUUUGGAAUAGUACAGUUUUUUGUAACAGAAAUAUUUUUGAAAAAAAAGGAAACUAUGAAAUUUUGAUUUUUCCUAUUUUUGGCCUUUCUGACAUCUCAAGCGUGAACCUCUAAAGUAGGCUUGAGACAAUAUUUCGAUUUUUUUCAUUCCAGUUUAACUUUUUGACCUUUUUUCAGUUUUAAAAACGUUGCGAUUUCCAUUAGUUGCUUUGCUUUAUUAGCUUUUUUUUUUCUUCUUUCAGUUCUACAUAAUUAUUCCCUUCAUUUCCUCAAGAUCGCUCUCGUUUUUAUCUGUGUUAUUGCCAAGUCGUUUCCCAGAACAACACCUAUAUUUGUUCGCAAUUUUUUGCAUCUUCUCCGUUUUCCUCAAAAAAUGGGUGCGGAUAUUUGUGGAGACGGACGGCCCUUCACCGGUUUCGAGUGGUCAUCUUCCUUAUUUUUCCGUCUUCAGUGCACCUUUUAUCGUUUUGUCCUUUCUUUUGAAGGUUUCCAGGCUUGGAUAAGGGCUUGAGCCUGUUACAAGGCUCCACUGGAGUGUUUAAAGGCGCAUAAAGGUCCAAAAAGGCUUUUCUUCUCAAUACCUUCAAAAGUUUUCCUUUAAAAUUGCCUUGCUACUAAUUUUUAACCGACUGUAGGAGUUGAAAAAUCGAUAAAGAUAGAAAAGAGGAUGAGUGGAAAGUAUCUAUUCACUCUGAUGUUGAUCUCUAUAACAAAUUUCCUUACUUUUCGGCUUUUUUCGCUUUUUCCCCUCAACUAGUGGGUCAUUAGUGCUGAUUAAAAAAGGCUUCUCCGAAAAAAUGAGAGUUUUUAGAAGAGAAUUCCUUUCUUUUCGGAGAAAAUGACUUUUUUUGAGUCAAAAUUCGGGAACGUAUGCAUAUUUGGCUUCUAAUAUUCUGAAUCACAAAGGCAUAAACAUAAAAAUUUGAUUUUUGGGUUUUAAAUUCAAGCUAGGAUAGUUUUACUACUGAUUUUGAGCUUUGAAAGUUUUUGAACGCCAAUUUUUUGCUUCAAAACUGUCUAAUUUUAUUGAUUGGAAAGAUCUUCUUUCAAAAAAGGCGUUUUUAGGUUCAGCCUUCCACUAUAAAGUCUUAUGAGCCUUAUUUUUCAAAAUUUAAGGUCUAAAAUAGUAAGAGCUUCACAAUUAUCUAUUUUUAUUCGAUGAAACGUCCAUCUUUCACACAACCCUGGCCCUCUCGAAUUUAACUGCCCAAUUAAUUGACUUGAAACGGAACGGAGUUAAUUGGGAAGAGCUCUCCCUAAAUUUGAGCCGAUUAGUCUUCUACCCACUACCCGAUUGCUAGCCGAACGCUUCAUUGUUAGAAAUUGUUGGGUAUUUUGAAAUACUAGGCUUUUUCUGGCCGUUUUUGUGAAAUUCGUGUAUUUUUUGAGUUUCAAAACCGUUUUCUAUUGUUCUUCUCGACUUGAUAAGUGUUUUGUGGGCUAUUCCGUUCAGAAGAAAUCUAGUUGGGACAGUUUUGUCUGAUUCCGGAAUAAUAUUGAGUUUUAUUCGGUAAAGACCUUCAAAUCUAUUGAUAAUUCUCCAUAAUUGCUUUUUGAAACGUUAUUUCUCGAAGUUUUCACAGUAUUUCUGUAAAUAAUUGAUUUUGAAACGAUAAAUUCACGUUUCUGAACGAGAUUCACAUGUUCGAUGGUUUAUACUGAUCACGGAGUGCAUUUUAAUUAUUUCUAUUAAAAAAAUUUUUAAUGUCUUAUUGGUUGCUAGAUCCUAUUUCUUCUUAUAUCUUUGAUAAUAAUAUCGUCAUUUUGACCCAAAUAUGAUUUUUAUUUCCCAGAGCAAACACCUACGCACCGUAAAUUUCAUAAAAUAUGAAAUUUUCCAUUUCAUGCCUUCUUUUUCCCAUCAAAAACCAAUUUUUUUACUUUUAUUUGUCAAUUUCCGAUACUCACAUCGUUAUCAUUCUGUGGGAACGUUACAUUUUCCAAAUAUGCGAGAUUUUAUUCAUUUUUUAUUUUCAGACGCUUCGAAAACACGGUUAUUUCUCAGAAGACGUUGGAGUCCGAUGUCAUCAGAAUCCUAUGCGACGUCGACGCUUUCCAGACAGGGUCACCGUUCAGUUUGGGAGCCAUGAAAAUCGUGGUUCCUUGUCGGGAUGAAGUGAUUUGUUUAUUAUAUUUUUUUGGGUUAAAAAAAUAUAAUUUGAACAUUUUGAGCUUACUUACCUUUUUUUCAUCGCAAGCAAUUUUAUUUUUUUCUCUUCACAAGAUAAAAAAAUGCUACUUGUAACGUAUAUCUACUUGUAAGAAAUUUUUGAAAAAAAUACUUGAGAAUUUUUUUAGAUCCAAACGGUUGGCGAUUUGGCCGAAGCAUCUUUGAUUCGAUACAAAAAAAGGCGGUUGGCAGAGUUGGUUUCAUUUUUUGUAUUUUUUCAUUUUUUUUUUGUUUCUGGUUUUUUUUUUUUGAUAAGAUGUAUCAUGAUGGUAUUGCUGAAUGGUGAGUUUUUGAUAGAUUUUUUUUUUCAAAUUUUUCGAAGCAGUGGUUCCUGGUGGUGAUGAAAGGCGGGUAAGUAAAAAAUUGAAAUUUUGGAAAAGAAAAAAAAACGAAAAAGUUUUUUUCAUUUGCGCUGAAAAAAACAUUUUUUUGUUUAUAUUUUGCAGUAUUUGUAUGGGAUCACUUUAGAUUUUAUGAUUAAUUAUAUGACUCCCUUUAAAGAAAAUGUUAAAUUCAAAAAAAAAAAAACUCAUUUUAGUUCAACAACUACGUUAUCUAG